GAGCCAGAGCGUGGCGGAGUGGUGAAGUGCGGUGCCGAGUGGAGCUGUGCGUAAGCGGUGCGGAACCUCCACCGCACUGCACCGCUCCCCGCCCCGCCCUGGCCCGCCCCGGCCCUCGGGCGGCCAAUGCGCGGCAGGGGGCGGCAGAGCAUGGGGCGCAGCUGGAGAAACAUCAAACUCAACUUUCUCAUCUUGAAAGGAAUCAAGUGUUCUCCAUGCUUCUCCUACUGCCGCCCUCAUCGUCAGCCCGUCCGCUCCGAGAGGACCCUCCGACAACCUAGGCUUCGCUCGCCAGCUGCCCCGUACCUCCCGAGGAGGGGAGAAUCGAGUAGGGGGGCGUUACUAGCCGCCGUCCCCCUCGGUCCCUGCUGUCCCAGGGGCCGGCAGCGGCAGCGCGGUGGGGCUCGAUGCGGCGGGCAUGGGGCUUGGGGUGCCCGUGGGAGCGCGCCUGCUGCGGGCGGCGCUGCUGCUCGCCUUCUCCCCUGCCGCCGCCGCCGGCACCUGGAUGUGGCUGGGCAUCGCCGCCGCGGGCGGGCCGGAGCGGCCCGGCUGCGCCAGCCCGCUGUUGAGUCGCCGGCAGCAGGACCUGUGCAAGCAGAAGCCGGAGCUGGUGCCCGCCAUCCGAGAGGGAGCGCGUCUGGGCCUCCAGGAGUGCCGCAACCAGUUCCGACACGAGCGCUGGGACUGCCGCCCACUGCCCUCCGCCCGCCGCGGAGCCGCAGCCUCUGUUCCCGCCGCCUCCGUUCCCGCUUCUGCCGCCGUCUUCGGGCACCAGCUCAGCAGCGGCACAAAGGAGACGGCGUUCAUCUAUGCAGUGAUGUCAGCGGGCCUCGUGCAUUCGGUGACACGAUCAUGCAGUGCUGGCAACAUGACCGAGUGUUCCUGCGACAUGAACCUACGGCAUGGUGGCUCAGCCAGCGAGGGCUGGCACUGGGGCGGCUGCUCAGAUGAUAUCCACUAUGGCAUGUCAUUCAGCAGAAAGUUCCUGGAUGUGCCCAUGAAGAACAUAACGGGCAAGAGCAGGAGUGGACUGACGGUGAUGAACCUGCACAACAGCGAGGCUGGAAGACAGGCUGUAGUAAAGCUGAUGUCAGUGGAUUGUCGUUGUCAUGGUGUUUCUGGGUCCUGUGCCGUGAAAACUUGUUGGAAAACAAUGUCCUCCUUUGAAAAGAUUGGCCGUUUUUUAAAGGAUAAAUACGAGAACAGCAUACAAAUAUCAGACAAACUGAAAAAAAAGCUACGCAGAAAGGAGAAAAGCCAGCGAAAAAUUCCAGUCGGGAAAGAAGACUUGCUGUAUGUCAACAAAUCUCCUAAUUACUGCGUUGAAGACCAAAAAUUGGGGAUCCCUGGAACUCAGGGAAGGGAAUGCAACCGCACCUCAGAGGGACCUGAUGGCUGCAACCUCCUUUGCUGUGGGCGUGGGUACAACACCCACGUUGUCAGGCACGUGGAGAGGUGCGAAUGUAAGUUUGUCUGGUGCUGCUACGUGCGCUGCCGGAGGUGUGAGACCAUGACUGACGUACACACCUGCAAGUAAGAUUAAGUACAGAAAACAUGGCCAAACUAUCCUGCACUGUUUGGUGCAACAUAUUUCUGCAGAGGCAGCAACUGCUCUUACCGUGUAGGACCUCAGGGGAAUGGGUAUUGCCAAACAACGGGUAGGUCAGACAAGUAGUGUAUGAAAAAGCAACUGACUGAACAGCAGCCUGCCAUGCAGGAACAGCUCAGCCAACAGAAACGAACUCAUCCUGACACAUCUGAAUGUGUAACUCAGUGAGCAGGGACAGACACUAAACUUUCCAAGUCUUUAAUAGCCACAGUGUUUUGAAGAUCUACACGAUCAGUAACUACAGCAGAGAAAGCCCAAGAUCUUGUUAGUCAGAGACUGAAGAGGGUGUCUAACACAUAUUAGAUACAAUCCUUCUGUCUGUAUUUUUAGAACUGGAGCUAGAAGAACCCACUAGAUGGCUGAUUUCUGCAGGCUUUAGGAAAAAAGAACAAAACAAAACAACAAAUCAAAACCCAACAAUUAUGGGAAAUGUUCUGCUGCUGACCAUGAAACACUCGCUUUGCAAUUGUUUGGAAAGCCAUCUUCUGCGUUAUACACAGAAAAGCAUCUGGUGCUGAGAAAACUGUGUGACUGCUGAGAGUAGUCACACAUGGCCUGGCUCAGUCCAUCAGCCUGGAGCAAGCUGUGUCAAGAGCAGAGGGGUUGGAGCACAGCUCGGUGAAUGUGAAUAGCCUCAUCAUUUUAUAGGUUGUCUUUCAAAUGCACAAAGGACAAAUCUGAGGAGAGAUAGAAAUACAGUUCGUUAUUGAAAGGAAAUAAAAUCUUUUGCAGGCAUUUCCUCACUGUUUGAAUACACAGUUUCUGAGUCAGCUGGUUGUCACCCCACUGUUGGACUGUAUGUAAUGACCUUCAAACACUUGGCUGGUCGCUCACAAUCAUUUUCACAGUUAGCCAUGCAAGAUUAAGCCCAAAGAAAUCUACCAUAAAGCAAAGAUUUUUUUAAAACAUUGCUUUCCCUUAUAGAAGCAGUGGCUAUAACUUUACAUAAGGUUGCAUCCUGAGGAAGUCCAAUGCACAAUGUCAUUUAUGUAUUGGCCCACACCACUAAAAUGCUUAAGCUGUUACUGACAAACAUUUUCUCCCCCUCCAUGCUUUGGCUUCAUUUUAUUUUACAUCUGUGAAAGGUUGCUUAUUUUUAUGCAGUGAUUUAAUGCCUGGCUUAUAAAGCAUUUCUAUGGUUUAAAUGUGCAAAGACCUAUUUUUGAUAAGAUGAGAAUGUUUAUAUUUUGUAAAUACUUAAAUUAUGCAAGCUCUGUAAAAGGUUUCAAAAACUAAUGUGAUAAGAUUACAGCCUUUGACAUUUGUUGGUUAGAUAUUUGUUACUAUUGUAGUAGCCCUUAAUUGAUUUUUAUUUGCAUGUGCAGGGGGAAAUUAGUCAGAGAAUGACAUAAAUAUUCUUUUCUCUUUACCGUGA